AUGAAUGAAGAUAUUGUUGUGUCGAAAUCAUGUUACGACAACUUUUCGGUACCAACACCGUGGCGCAACUUCCAGAUUAUUGUGGAGGACACUUCAUUCUAUGUGAACGCUGGCUGGUUAGCAGAGUUGUCCUCAUUCUUUGCCUCAUAUUGUUUUGGUGAGGAUGCACACAACUCCCUGAUCAUUGACGACAUCAAACCAAGCGACAUGCUCGAGUUUUUCCGUUGUAUUUUCUUCUGUCCAAUGCGGAAACCAAUUACUGUAUCCAAUGUGUCCCUAAUCUUGCGUGUUGCAUCACGAUUCCAAAUGAAACCUGUGGUUGCGAGGUGCGAACAAUUUGUCGCUCGUUCUGCAAACACAUUAGACAGAGACAGAUUAUUCCAGGUUACAUGCGCAGUUUCACAUUGCGAUCCAAACAGUUCGACCAUGAGUGUUUUGGUGGAUAAACUUGCUUCAAUCAAGGAGGAAGACUUGUCCCGAAUGCAGUUUUCGCAGAUGCCUGGCGAUGUUGUUGCGGAAGUGUACACACAGAAAUUUCGUGAGCGUGAAAGAAAACGUCAGUUAUGGUGUUGCUUCGCGAGCUGGAUGGAGGCGCUUCAACGGCGGAGGCGACGAAGAGCUGCAGCACGUCGUUAA